CCAUGGCCGACUUUCUCGAAAUCCCGCGGAAUCUGCAAGAACCAGGGUCCACGCCCGCUUGGACGCGUGACCAACUUUCCCACCACGGCUUUGAGUUUCGGCAAGAUUGAUAAUUUCAGUUAUCAAUCUAGAGUUACCGGUACGAAGCCAGUAAGGACGCACUGACGCUGGUAUUCGCCGAAACAGGCCCUGGUUUGGCUAUUCGUCCAUGAUCGAAUCUUUCCUGAUCCCCUCUUCCUUCGUUCUCUCCAUCUCUCUGCCUAGACUCCCUCAACAGUGCUAUCUGGGGUGUCUGAGCCAAGAUGGCCUUUCUUGCUCGGAUCCUGCUUGGUUACUUGGCAGCGUUUAUAUUAUUUGUCCAAUGCUGCCGGGCUAAAACCGUCACGUACGACUUUAAUGUCACCUGGGUCACCGCUGACCCUGACGGCCUGCAGCCGCGGAAAGUCGUUGGAAUCAACGGGGAGUGGCCCCUGCCAGUGAUUGAAGUGGACAAAGGGGACCGAAUUGUCGCGAAUGUCUACAAUGGACUGGGCGACAAAGAUACCUCAAUCCACUGGCAUGGCAUGUUCCAGAACGACACGAAUAACAUGGACGGCGCUUCAAUGGUGACGCAGUGUCCGAUUCCUCCAGGGGCUUCAUUUACCUAUAACUUUACGGUGAAUCAGAAUGGAACUUAUUGGUAUCAUUGUCAUACGAAUGCUUGUUACCCGGACGGAUACCGCCAGGCCUUGAUCGUGCAUGACAAGGAUGCGUACUUUGACGAUAUGUAUGAUGAAGAGUUUACGCUCACGAUGAGUGACUGGUACCAUGAAUUGGUGGAGGAUAUUACCUUUAUCAGUGUGACCAACCCUACCGGUGCUGAGCCAGUCCCGAAUGCGUUUCUUGUGAAUGAUACUCAAGGGACCAGCUUGUCUGUUGAGCCAGGAAAGACCUACAUGAUAAGAUUGAUCAAUAUGGGGGCUUUCGUGGGGAUGUACUUUUAUAUCGAAGGCCACAAUUUUACCAUUGUUGAAAUGGAUGGGACUUACACGGAUCCAACAGAAGCCGACCUUCUCUACAUCUCCGUUGCCCAGCGGUACUCUAUCCUGGUCACCACGAAAAACUCAACGGAGAAGAACUAUCCCAUGGUCACUAUUGCGGACUCUUCUCUCCUAGACACAAUCGAGCCAGACCUCCAGCUCAACCACACAAAUUGGCUGGAAUACAAUCCAUCAGCCGACCACCCACAAGCCGUCAUGCCAGUCGAUGACUCCUCAGACCUGAUUCCAUACGACGACGCAACUCUCGUCCCACACGACCGAACGCCCCUCCUUGAAGACCCUGACAUCGUUAUCGAAAUCACAGCCACGAUGGACAACCUCGCUGACGGUGCCGGCUACUCCUUCUUCAACAACAUCUCCUACACCAGACCCAAAGUGCCAACCCUCUACUCCGUGCUCUCAAGCGGAGACCUCGCUACAAACCCAGCAGUCUACGGCGAAUACACCCACCCCACAGUCCUCGGCCAUAACCAGGUCGUCGAGAUUGUGCUCAAUAACGGCGACACCGGCUCGCACCCCUUCCAUCUCCAUGGGCACAACUUUCAAGUCCUCACCCGGUAUCCCUCUUACGCCGACGGAUUCUUCACCUACGAAGAGAGCGACGACCCGGUUAGCUAUGACCCGUCCAACCACUCCAAGUUCCCAGCCUACCCAGCCAGACGGGACACCCUCGUUGUCCCACCCCAGGGCUACUUCGUCGUCCGCUUCAGAGCUGACAACCCCGGUAUUUGGUUUUUCCACUGCCAUAUCGACUGGCAUCUAAUGCAAGGGCUCGCAUUGACGAUUAUCGAAGCCCCGCUAGAGAUCCAGCAGCGGACAACAAUCCCAGACGACCACUGGGCCGCGUGUACAGCGGGCAAUACGCUGGAUAAGGGUAACGCGGCGGGGAACACGCAGAAUUUGCUUGAUUUAUCGAAUCAGAAUAAGCAGCUCCCGUGGCUUCCUGCUGGGUUCACGGCGAGAGGAAUCGUGGCGCUCGUGUUUUCUUGUAUCUCGGCUGUGCUGGGGCUGGCGUUUGUGGCUUUCUAUGGGUUAACGGGCAUUCCGGAGCCUGAGAUGGCCCAGGUACAGGAAGGGGAACGGGGGAAUGCUGGUUCUGAGGGUGAAAGUGUGCCAUCGGCGUCGGGGGUGUUGGUGGAUGAGCAGACGGUGGGGAGGACGUAGGGGAGAUGUUGAAUGGUAGACUAGUGGUAGAAGGGUAAUCAGUGCACUGUAUAUACCAAAGCGAAUAGAGUACUUCAGCUGGCUUCUCGCUUCUGUGAUAUAUGAAUGUCUUCGUCCAGUGUACCCAAGUCAGCUUCUCAAAGAGCACCAGACUGAGUUGUCUAUAUAAAGGGAAUAGUUAAGAGACACUACUAUAACAAAUCAGUGAUA